UGGCUAAAAUUGCGGCUCAAAUCUGACCACACUGCUCGUCUAUCGUUUAUCGUAAGUUCAUCAUUCGUAGUAAUAUGAGGUUAUAAUCACAUAGUGAGGAAUAACACAAAUACAGAAUGUUGAAGACACUCAGAUCAAGUCAUAGGCUUUGCCGGGUUUAUCAUGGAUCCAAAAAUGCGCUCAAGAUGCAGAAAAGAUUAUUUUUGUCGGAUGCGUAUCGCUGCGAAGAAGCAUGGGAUCGCAGAUUGAAAUCACCGUUGUUGCAAAAGAUCGAGCCGUCGACAAUGUUCGUGGAGCUGGAGCAGAAGUACGGAAACGUCGGCAAGGUGAGCGCUGUCGACGUUGACAUUUUCAUCAACAGCAUCACCGACGACGCGUAUCUUGAUCAAAUAAUGAAGAUGCUGCACAAUCUCAGGACGUCCACGGAAGCGACGAAUAUCCUGGAUUCAACGCACCACGCCGCAAUACGAUAUUUCUUGCGAUACGAUUACAUCGAAGAACUGCACGAGAUGCUGAGCGACAGACUGAAUUACGGUAUUUUCCCUGAUUAUUUCGACUACAACAUGCUUAUGGACCAUUUUAUAAAGAAGAAGAAUUAUGCCUCCGCUGCGAAGAUAGCAAGUUUGGUCAUGCUGCAAGAAGAACUGGCUCAUCCUAUCACAAAUGCCUUGUGCCUUUACGCAUGUCACAAGUAUUUGGAGAAUCCUGAUGAUUGGAAAAAACCUGAAGUUCCAGUGGACACCUCCAAAGAGGAAAAAAAGAUACGUGUAAAGUAUAUAAGAAAUCCCUUCUUUGAUGAUCAUUUUGAUCUCACUAAUCCGAGAGAUCUUGUUGGCAAGACCUUGAGUUUUCAAGGGAAGCACAGGACAGAUGCUGUAGGAAGAACUUGUCAAUUGAGAGGUUUAAUUUUAUAUAAAAGAUAUGAUGAUGUAUUGAAUUUAAUAAAGAACUGGCUGGAGACAAUGCACAGAGAGGACAACAUAGUUUACGAAGAAGUAUUUGAAUUAAUAUCUAAAGACAAUAGUGAACUUCAAGAACCAAAUAUUGAAAAGUUUAAACUUGUGGAAGCUCAAUUGUCCGCCUUAAAGAAGCAGCAAAAUCUUAAGGAAAGUUUAAUUGAAGCGAUGGAAAAUCUUGUUAAAGUUGCUGUAAAGGAAGAAGCAGAAAAGGACAUCUCUAAACAAUGUCAGAAUUAUCUCGAUUGGGAUCGUGUAAGGAAUUCGGUGCUAGAAAUCCAAAUAAAAGCAAUAGAUAGAGAAAGAAGAAUAGCUAAUAUAGACAGAAUAAAGAAGGACUUGAAAGAGAGGGAACAACUUUUAACAUUCUUCAACAAAGAGGAAGAAAUUGAAUUGGAAAUAGAGAAGAUACAGGAAAAAGAACGCAGAGAGGACGAACGUAUCCAUGCCAUGCGCAGGAGCAAGCAGAAAUUAAGAGCACUAAUUACCACGGAGUCUUAUGUACCACCAGAUGUUAAAACGACAAAAUAGAAUGUGUGCUAUAAAAAAAA